CCUGGAAUAGCUGCAUUUGUAGCCCAUUAUCGUUUGGGCUUAAUUAGGUUUAGUCCAUAUAUAUUCCGGUUAGGGCUAGGUCUCAUUUUCGCUUCCCUCUCCCAGCAUAUCUCACAAUCGGAGUCGAAGGUGAGAGCAACUGAAAUGGCGCCGAAGACCAAGAGAUCGACUCGUAAUCCGGAGCUCAUCCCAGGAGUCCGUAAAGUCUCGCGCUCGCAGAUGUACCACAAGCGCGGCCUUUGGGCAAUCAAGGCCAAGAACGGCGGAAAAUUUCCCCAGCACGAGAAGGCCACCGCCGCCCCACCGGUGGUGGAGAAGCCUCCCAAGUUCUACCCGGCCGAUGACGUCAAGAAGCCUCUCAUCAACAAGCGCAAGCCCAAGCCUACCAAACUCAGGGCGAGUAUUACUCCAGGCACAGUGUUGAUUAUAUUGACAGGGAGGUUUAGGGGGAAAAGGGUUGUUUUCUUGAAGCAGCUGCCAUCCGGGUUGCUUCUUGUCACUGGUCCGUACAAGAUCAAUGGUGUUCCUCUAAGACGCGUGAACCAGGCCUAUGUUAUCGGAACAUCUACAAAGGUUGACAUUUCUGGAGUGAACUUGGACAAGUUUGAUGACAAGUACUUUGCCAAGCAAGUGGAGAAGAAGAAGAAGAAGGGCGAGAAUGAGUUCUUUGAGUCUGAGAAAGAGGAAAAGAACACCCUUCCUGCAGAGAAGAAAGAUGAUCAGAAGGUUGUUGAUGCACCUUUGUUGAAGGCUAUUGAAGCUGUUGCAGACCUCAAGACCUAUUUGGGUGCUAGGUUCUCGCUCAAGUCUGGCAUGAAACCUCACGAGUUGGUCUUCUAGAACUUUUUUUUUUUAGUCGGAUUGUUUUUCUUUUAUUUGCACCAAAAUUGAGACAGUUGUUGUGUUUUGAGUAAUCUCAGUGGGAGUGGGUUAUAUGCAUUUCCAAAUUUUUGCUUGCACUUUGUUAGACUCCUCUCCUUACGAAGGAUCCUUUAAUUGGCUAUGUUAUUUGAUCGUCUCGUUUUAUUCGUGCUUUUGUUUGAAUUAUACAACUAAAGAACCAUGAGGUUCCUUGUGUCUACUGACCAAGAAGUCUAUCCUGAAGUUAACUUCUUAUUGUUACAAAAGCUUCCUCAGCAACUGUAUUUUUUGGGGAGUCUGAGGCCUAUUAGAAAAAGCAUGACCCGGGGAAGUUUUUAAACAAAUUGAGCUGCUUGUGGGCUCGACUUGGCUUGUUAACGCUCUUUGAGCUAGAAAAUUAGGUACUUGUACUUAAUAUCCUGAACUACCAGGUUAGAUCAGCUUUUUGAUGUUUCAGUUUGGCUUGUUAAUUUCGUUAAACCCGGCUUCACUUGUUUACAACUCUACUCCACUUGAAACUAUUCUU